AUGGGCAACGCUGCCACUGUCUGUUCCGACAAGACGGGUACCCUCACCCAGAACAAGAUGAGCGUCGUUGCAGGUGUACUUGGACCGGCAGCAUUGUUUCGAGAUGCUGGCUUCCCAUACGGGCACGACCACGACAUCCCUAUAAUCAACGACUUUUCCCUCAACUCGACCGCAAUCGAAACGACUGACUGCAACGACUUUGUUGGUUCGAGCACCGAAACUGCACUUCUCAAGUUUUCUGUUGAGCAUCUUGGCAUGGGAAGUGUCAGUGAAGAGAGGGCCAACGGGAACAUUGUGCAGGUGACACACUUCGAUGCCUCAAAGAAGUGGAUGGCUGUCGUUAUAAGGCUGAGCAACGGUCGCUACCGAAUGUUGGUCAAGGGCGCUACAGAAGUCAUUCUGGACAGAUGCGUCGACAUUUUGAGCGAUCCCGCCUCUGGCUCCGACGCUAUGAAGAUGACUCCUGACAGCAUACAAAGACUUAAAGCCAUCAUUCUUGGCUUCGCCCAGCGGUCCCUGCGAGUUGUUUCUGUGGCAUACAGGGACUUUGAUCACUGGCCCCCGGCGACUUCAGAUACAACGAUCAGUCUCUCCGACUUAGUUUUCAUCGGUGCUUUUGGCAUCCGCGACCCCCUACGGCCUGAGGUUAUUGAGGCUGUCCGACAAUGCCAGUCCGCUGGUGUUUUUGUUCGAAUGGUAACGGGUGAUGACUUCUUCACGGGCACAGCUAUCGCCGAAGAAUGCGGAAUUUACACGGCUGGCGGAAUAGCCAUGGAUGGACCGACCUUCCGGAAGUUGACGUCGAGACAACUCGAUCUCGUAGCUCCACGUCUCCAAGUACUCACUCGAUCCAGCCCCGACGACAAAGUACGCCUGGUAACUCAUUUGAAGAGUCUUGACGAGGUCGUGGCUGUGACCAGAGACGGCACGAACGAUGCCCUCGCAUUGAAGGCUGCAGAUGUGGGUUUCUCCAUGGGCAUAUCUGGAACCGAAGUCGCCAAGGAAGCAUCCGCAAUUGUUCUAAUGGACGACAACUUUGCAUCGAUUGCCAAGGCAACCUCCUGGGGCAGGGCCGUCAAUGAUGCCGCCAAAAAGUUUCUGCAGUUUCAGUUUACCACCAACGUCACGGCCGGCCUUCUUACUGUCAUAUCUGCACUUGUCGGUGGCACGGACGCAUCUGUCUUCAGUGUUGUCCAACUGUUGUGGAUCAACCUGAUCAUGGAUACGUUCGCUGCGCUGGCUCUCGGUACCGAUUUUCCAACCCUCGAUCUGCUGAAGCGGAAGCCCGAACCGAGAGUAGUUGCAGUCCUCGACGUUACAAUGUGGAAGAUGGUCAUAGGGCAGUCCAUCUACCAGCUUGUGGUCAUCUUCACGUUCCACUAUGCAGGGGAAAGCAUCUUCCAAUACCACACCGAGCAACAGCAGCGACAAUUACAAACCAUGACCUUCAACAUUUUUGUGUGGAUGCAAUUCUUCAGUCAAAUCAAUUCCCGACGGAUCGACAACCAAUUCAACAUUUUGGAGGGUAUCCUUCAGAAUCCUUGGUUUAUGUUUGUCCAGGGUGUGACACUUGCUGGACAAGUCAUAAUCAUCUUUCUGGGUGGAGAAGCAUUCCAAGUUGCUCCUCUCACGGGAGCUCAGGGGGGCUGGUCUCUUAUGUUUGGUGUUCUCACUAUUCCUGUCGGCAUGCUGAGUGCUGGUGCACUCAAUGAGGACCCUAGCAAGUCAGGCGACCCAGCUGAACAGCAAUUGGAUCUUGAAGGGAUUGUUGAAGCUCCGAGGUACGGUACAGCCGAGGACAACGCCGGAAUUCAGCUGCAUCCAGACACUCGGAAGGAUGACCCGGUUCUUGUCGACUUGAGACAGAUGGGUAUUCCGCCAAGUCAGAACCCUGCUUUGUGGCAGUUCAUGGGAUCACAGCUUUGA